UCUUUGUCUGAUAAAGUUGGGUUGUUUAGCUUCUGGUUGCUAGCAGAAGAAGUUUAUACAAAUAUAAAAUGGAUUCUAGUGUUAGUGGUUCUACUAGCACUACAGCGUAUGAUCCAAGCAAAGAUCCAAGUAGGAAGGCCAAAUCAAAAGAUCCUGGAUGGAAGUAUGGAUACUGGCCUGAUGUUGCAGACAAAAACCUAGUUCGAUGUAUGCUUUGUGGAAGAGAUAUCAAGGGAGGAAUUAAAAGGCUUAAGCAACACUUGGUUGGCGGAUAUGGAGAUGUAGCCAAGUGCUUAAAACAACUGCAAAGAUUGCUAAAGAGAUGCAUGAAGCUAUAAUACGAAAUUGGAAGAGGAAACGAGAGGUUUUUGAUAAUGACUAUGAUGUUGGUUACACCCAAGGUGAGUUACCUGCGGAGCUUGAAACUGGAGAGCAGAUGCAGUCUAAUGUCUGUAGGUCCCCAACUCGAGAGUCCCAAGCUUCUUCAAGAUUUACCCUUGUCCCAAACUUUGGGACAGCUGCUAAAAGAAAUAAAGCUGUCAUGGAUGCACAGGUAAGGGGUCCCAUAGAUGCUUAUAUCAAGAGGAUUCCUAAAGAAGUGGUUGUUGAGGGGCAGGCUGAAGGCCAUACUCGGACAACAAUAGAGAAACACUUCGUAUCAAAUGAAGAAAGAAAGAGAGCUUGUUCGUACAUUGCAAAAUGGUUUUAUGAUUGUGGCAUCCCAUUUAAUGCAGCAAAGGCAAGGAGCUUUGAGGAGAUGGUUGAAGCCAUUGGGCAGUUUGGGCCAGGACUUGAGCCUCCUUCUUAUUAUGAGUUGAGUGUGCCUUUUUUAAAUGAUGAAAAGGAUGGAACUAAAGAAGUCAAGAAGAAAUAUGAAGAAUAUUGGAAAACAUAUGGAUGCACCGUCAUGUGUGAUGGGUGGACUGACGAAAGAGGAAGACACUUGAUUAAUUUCCUCGUCAACUGUCCAAAGGGUACUUACUUUAUGGGUUCCAUAGAUGCAUCUAAUCAAGUACAAGAUGCAAAUAUGUUGUUUCAGUUGCUUGAUAGCAAGAUUGAAGAAAUUGGAGCAGACAAUGUUGUACAGAUAGUUACGGACAAUGUAGCCAAUUAUGUCACAGCUGGUAAAUUGUUGCUGCAGAAGAGGAGUAGGUUGUAUUGGACUCCUUGUGCAGCUCGUUGCUUGGACCAUAUGUUGGAGGACAUAGGCAAUUUGAGAGCAUUUAGGGCCGUAAAAGUGAAGGCUAGAAGAAUAACAAGCUUUAUCUACAGGCACCCUCGUCUUCUUGAAGCUAUAAAGACAAGAACAAAUGGGGAUGACCUAGUGAGAGUUGGAGUAACAAGAUUUGCCACUUCAUUCCUGACACUCCAAAGCUUGUUAAAGUAUAAUUCUGCCUUGAUGCGAUUGUUUGUGUGUGAUGACUGGAAUAAGUCUAAAUUGUCUAAGACAGAGAUAGGGAAGAAAGUGGAAGAUACGGUGCUUGCUACAAAAUUCUGGAAUGGUGUGCGAGAUUGCCUUAGAGCAUCACAACCAAUUCUUGUUGUCUUGAAGUUGAUACUUGCUGAUGAGAAGCCUGCGAUGCCUGAAAUUUAUGUGGCAAUGGAAGUGGCAAAAAAGAGGAUAAAACAGAAUUUUGGGAACAGGGAAAGCCUAUGGAAGAAGGUGAUAACAAUUGUUGAUAAACAGUGGGAGUGUCAGAUGGAACAACCAUUGUAUGCUACAGCAUUUUGCCUCAAUGCUGGCAAGUAUUUUGAAUACAUUGCUGAUGAGGCGUUAUAUAGUGACCAAGUGUGGAAAAUAAAUGAGGCCUUUAUUGAUGUGAUUACAAGAUUGGUGCCUGACGGAACUUUGCAAGACAGGAUAAUGUGUGAGAGUGAUAUGUACAAAAGAUGCAAAGGUAGUUUUUCGAGGCAAAUAGCAAUUAGGCAACGGAAAACACUGGAUCCUCUCUUGUGGUGGGACACGAAUGGAACUUCAGCCCCUACGCUUCAUGCAGUUGCAAUGCGUAUACUAGGCCUUUGUUGCUCCGCUUGUGGCUGCGAGCGUAACUGGAGCACAUUUGAGUUUAUUCACACCAAGAAAAGGAAUCGACUGGAACAUCAACACUUGAAUGAUCUAGCCUUUGUUCAAUAUAAUCGUCGUCUUCAAGCAAGGUUCCAAGAAAGGUGUGCUAAGGGCAACAAUCAUAAUCCAUUAUUUCUUAAUGAGUUGGAUUGGAGUAGUGAGUGGAUAAUCGGCCAAUCAGUUGAAAAUGUAGUUCAUCCUGGAGAUGACCCCACAUUGGGAGAUGUUGAUAGAGCAGUUGGGGCAUCUACUUUGGUCGGUGGCCGAAAUCUACCAAGGAAGGCUCAAGCAUCAACAAGUGGUGCCAUUAUCUGCUAUACACGUCGUGGUAGGGGGAGGGUCGUUGUAGAAGAGUCGUCAGAUGAAGGAGAAUUUGAAGAAGAGUAUGUGAACGAUGAUGAAGAUGUUGAUGAUGAUUUUGGUCAGAAGCCAACUGAUUCUAUGGGGCUGCCACAACAACUAGAUGCCUAUUUAUUUGAUGAUUAUGAUUGAACAAGAACAAUUUAUAUUUGGAUUUCUGAGUUUUUUGAUAGUUGAUACUUAACUUGACUCUUGAUGAUGUAUUUUUAUUGUUUUAAAAAUUUUACUAAACUUUAGCAUUUUGGUUUG